AUGGAAAAAUCAGGUGUGGAGAAGCGUAGGGUGGUGGUGGUAGGAGGCGGUGUAGCUGGUUCUAUUGUCGCUCAAUCUCUCCAAUUUUGUGCUGACGUCGUUCUUAUCGAUCAGAAGGAGUAUUUCGAGAUAGCAUGGGGGACGUUGAGAGCAAUGGUGAAGCCAUCAUUCGCCGAGAGAAUAGUGAUUAAUCACUCUGAUUAUCUUAGAAAUGUGAAUAUUGUUGCAUCAACUGCUGUUAAUGUCACAGAUACUGAAGUUUCCACCGCAGAUGGCCAAUCUCUUCCGUAUGAUUAUCUUGUCAUCGCCACCGGUCACAAAGACUUUUUUCCAAGAACAAGAGACGAGAGGCUUAGUCAGUACGAAGCAGAGUUUGAGAAGAUUAAGUCGGCGAAUUCGAUUUUGAUAGUGGGAGGAGGUCCAACGGGUGUGGAACUAGCUGGUGAAAUUGUAUACGACUUUCCAGAGAAGAAGGUGACUAUGGUGCACUCUGGGGCAAGGUUACUAGAAUUUGUGGAUUCCAAGGCUUCACAAAAGGCAUUGGAAUGGUUAAUAUCAAAGAAUGUUGAAGUUCUUUUGGGUCAAUCAGUGAAUGUGGAAGGUGUAUCAGAUGGUCAUUUCCAAACCUCUAAGGGAGAAACUAUAAAAGCCGAUCGCCAUUAUGUUUGCACUGGUAAACCAGUGGGUUCAUCUUGGCUUACUGAGACUGUUUUGAAGGAUAGUUUGGGUAUUCAUGGGAGGUUAAUGGUGGAUGAGAAUCUGAGAGUCAGAGGUCGUAAGAAUGUCUUUGGUAUUGGAGACAUCACAGAUGUUAAGGAGAGGAAGCAUAGGUAUAUAGCACAAAAACAUGCACAAAUAGCAGUGAAGAAUUUGAAGGUGUUGUUAGUGGGAGGGAAAGAGAGCAAGAUGGCUAAAUACAAGAAUUUUUUAGAAACCACACUUAUUUCACUUGGGAGGAAAGAAGGUGUAGCUCAAUUUCCAUUUGUGACUAUUAGUGGUUGCAUUCCUGGGAAGAUUAAGUCUGAGGACUUGUUUGUUAGCAAAACAAGGAAACAGCUUGGUCUAAAACCUGAUUGCUAAUCCUACCAAUCUUUCCCUCUCUCAUUCUAAUUUGCUUUUCUUCUCAUUUUUUUAGGCAAUGGAUGUAAUUAGUUGAUUUUUUUUUUCAUUUUAAUUAGCAAUCAUAAUUUGUUUUUGUUCUUUUUUUUGUCAGACAUAAUUUGUUUUUAUUAAUUACGAACAAUACAUGAAUAGCCAAUAAUAUAUCAUCUGACUUAGAGUAUAUAAGUCAAUCUUUUAGCAAUUAACACUUCGGUGUUCAACAUGUUAUUAUUACUGUCUAUAUAAAUUAUUGUGAUGAUA